AUGGAUAUCUACUUAGUUGCACAGCAUCUUAAAGAAACCCAACAAGCACUAGAAUCUCAAGAAAUUGAAAAAGAAGAUAAAGCAAAAUCAUCAUGGAUAUUUAACUUGCCCAACAUCUUAAAGAAACCCAACAAGCACUGGAAUCUCAAGAAAUUUAAAAGAAAUCAUCUUGAAUGCUUAAGUUGCAAAACAUCUUUAAGAAACUCUGCACUAGAAUCUCAAGACAUUGAAAAAGAAGAUAAAGCAAAAUCAUCAUGGAUAUUUAACUUGCCCAGCAUCUUAAAGAAACCCAACAAGCACUAG